AUGCCGAAGCCAGCAGAAGGAACAGGUGACUGUUCUGAUAUUUCAGUGGCAAUUCGGAAGAGAUCCAGAGUGCCUGGUGUUAUGAUCACACAGUACGUUGAAGAACUGCCACCUGGAUCUACUACUCCUGAUUUCAUUCGAAAACCCAUAGCCUUGACUAUACAGGAAGGCAAACUGGCCUUUUUCAAAGCUGUUGUGAGUGGAUAUCCAGUACCAGAAGUUUCAUGGGCACGUAACAAGGGCGAUAUCUCUAAUUCAACAAAAUAUGUUUCACGAUUUGAUGAGAGGAAUGAAGAAUAUGUUCUGGAGAUACCAAAUGUAGAUUCAGAUCAAGCAGACAUAUACAAAUGUUUUGCUAUAAAUCCAUUUGGAAAGGCGGUUUGUACUGCUGCACUGAAUGUCAUUGAGGUUGGAUUCAAGAAAAGAGCACCAGCCCCCAAAAGUCACCCUGAUGACUUCAGAAAAAUGCUGAAGAAAGCGGUUGUGAAGAGAAAAGAAAAACAAUGGAAAGAAGGAGAAAUCGAUCCAAGGUUCUGGGAGCUGUUACUGAGUGCACCCAGGAAAGAUUAUGAACGGAUUUGUCAGGAAUUUGGAGUCACCGACUUCAGGUGGAUGCUUAGAAAACUUAACCAGAAGAAAAAGGAAAGACAGACAGAACAGUCCAAGUAUGUUGAGAAAAUCCACAGCUUGAAACAGAUCGAGGUAAAAACAGAUGGCGCAGCAGAAUUUGAACUCGACAUGAAGAUAAAGGAUCCUAACAGCAAAAUCCUUCUCUUCAAAGAUGGGGAAAUGCUUGACUAUGGAGAUGGAACUGAUGCGGCCACAAAACAUAAUAUGCAGAAAUUUGGUGAAACAUACUUGUUCAGCAUUAGGGAUGUUGGCCCAGAAGAUGCUGGGUUAUAUCAAGUGGAUGUAGAGGAGGUGAACAUGUUCUCAACUUCCCUAGUGUUGCCUGAUGUGGAGUUUAAUACCACACUGAAAGACACUAAAGUGACUGAGGGGCAGGAUGCGGUGUUUGAAUGUGCCUUAUCGGACCCUGUACCCCAAAUCACCUGGUGUGCCAAUGACAUCUCUGUUGAGCGUGGGGAAAAAUAUGACAUCACAGUGUCAGAAGACAAGCAAGUCCACAAACUAGCAGUGAAAAACUGUACAAAUGAGGACAAGGGAGUCUAUACGGCUAUUGCUGGGCUCAGGUCAAGCCAGGGGACUCUAGAUGUAGAAGAUGAUCCCAGUGCCCGUGGGAAAGAUGAUGGUGCAGAUGAACUAGCCAGACGUUUAGCAGAAGAGAAAGCCAGACUGCAGAGGGAAAAGGACGAGGCAGCCAGGAGGGCACAGGCUGAAAAAGAUGAAGCAGCAAGGAAGGCCCAGGCUGAAAAAGAUAAAGCGGCCAGGAGGACCCAGGCUGAAAAAGGUGAAGCAGCCAGGAAGGCCCAGGCUGAAAGAGAUGAAGCGGCCAGGAGGGCCCAGGCUGAAAGGGACGAAGCAGCCAGGAAGGCCCAGGCUGAAAGAGAUGAGGCAGCCAGAAUGGCUCCGGCCGAACAAGAUCAGGCGGCUAGGAGGGCACAGGCAGAACAAGAUGAGGCAGCCAGAAAAGCUCGGGAAGAACAAGAUGAGGCGGCCAGGAGAGCCCAAGCUGAAAGAGAUGAGGCAGCCAGAAAAGCUCGGGAAGAACAAGAUGAGGCAGCCAGGAGGGCAAAGGCUGAGCAAGAUGAGGCAGCCAGAAAAGCUUGGGAAGAACAAGAUGAGGCGGCCAGGAGAGCCCAAGCUGAAAGAGAUGAGGCAGCCUGUAAAGCCCAGGAUGAAAGGGAUGAGGCAGCCAGGAAGGCCAAGGCCGAGAGAGAAGCUGCUGAAAGGAUGGCAGCUAUGUCAGCAGGAAAAGGCAGUGGAGGAUCUGGCCUGGGAGAUGGGAGUGAGGGUGAUGGAAUGGGGAAGAACGGAAAAGGAGGAGAUGGUACCUUGGUAAAUGGGUUAGGAGAUGGGAGUGGAAAUCAUGGAAAAGGUGAUGGAUUGGAUUUAGAUGGAUCAGGUGGAGACAGUGGGACAGGUGAUAGGCGCAAGAAGCGUACAAGAGUCGGUGAGCUGAUUCCUAACAACAUCAUAGACGAUGGAGUCCACUUCCUGAACGGGUUGUCAGAUACUGCAGCCAAUGUUGGAGAAUCAGCAGAGUUGUCCUGCAAACUUAGCUGUGAAGAUAGUAAUGGAUUAUGGUACAAAGACGGAAAAAAGUUGGAGUCUAAGGAUGGAAUUACAAUUGCCAAAGAUGGGGCUCACCACAAACUAAUCAUCCAUGACUGCCAAGAAAGAGAUGCUGGAAAAUAUAAGUUUGAGGCAGAAGGACGUAAAUCAGAGGCUGCAUUAAAUGUUAAGGAUCCACCCAAAAUUGAUGCAGAUGCCUUGAGUAAAUUUUCAGAGCCUGUUAUUGUCAAAGCAGGAGAAAAUGCUUCCUUUAAACUACCAUUUUCAUGCAAAGAACCAAUUAAGAUUCAGUGGUUUAAAGAGGAAGAAGAGUUGCUGGAGGGUCACGGUGUCAGGAUCGAAAAGUCUUCAGCCCAUAGCCGUCUACUUCUGACUAAGUGUCAGCGCAAAGACACUGGAGAGAUAAAAAUCAAAAUCAAGAAUGAAUUUGCCACUGUAGAGGCAACUUCAAAACUUACAGUACUUGACAGGCCAACUCCACCACAAGGACCUGUAGAAAUCGUAGAAAGCUCCUUGUCUGCCAUUGAGUUUAAAUGGAGACCCCCAAAGGAUGACGGUGGCUGUCCAGUGAUUAAUUACAACCUGGAGCGACAGCAGCUGGGACGGAACACCUGGACUAAAAUUGGAGACAUUCCUGGACAGCCUACCUACAGAGACACAAACAUAGAUCGUGGCCGAAAGUACUGCUACAGAAUCCGGGCAAAAAACUUGGAGGGCUUCAGUGAAAUCUUGACAACUAAUGAUAUUGCUGCUGGCACUUUGGCAUUCCCUGGCUCUCCUGCUCCUCCUAAAAUAGUCAGUGCCUUUAAAGACUGCAUUAACUUGGCCUGGCUUUCUCCCUCCAGCACUGGAGGGGGCAGUAUCAUUGGAUAUAAUGUGGAAAAACGCAAAAAAGGUAGCAAUUUUUGGAGUCAAGCAAAUCCAAAAGAUGAUCCAAUCAGAGACAAAAAAUAUGCAGUAAAAGAUGUAAUCGAGGGCAUGGAGUAUGAGUUCAGAGUGAGCGCUAUUAACACAUGCGGGCCUGGGGACCCAAGUGGGCCGUCUGAAUGUGCAAUUGCAAGGGACCCCAAAAAGCCUCCUGGUAAGGUCAAAGACCUCAAAAUAACUGGAUCGAGCUACACCAGUCUAUCUCUUUCCUGGACUAAACCUAAAGAAGUCAAAGGUGAGGAAGAUGAAGCAAAAGGCUAUUUUGUGGAAAUCAGACCCACAGACCAACUUGAGUGGAGCCGUUGCAAUACAAAUGCAGUGAUUCAGACUUCCUUCACUGCUGUGGGAUUGAAGUCAAUGGCCAUGUAUUGGGUUAGAGUGAUCGCCGUCAAUGAAGGAGGAGAGGGGCUUCCACAGAGCUUUGACUAUUACAUCGUUGCCAUGCCUCCUCCAGUAAAGCCAAAGUUCACUGAGAAAAAAAUGAAAAGCUUCAUGGUUGUUAAAGCUGGAAACACUGUUCGUGUCAGCAUCAGUUUCGAGGCUUCUCCUUUACCAGACAUAACAUGGCUAAAGGAUGGUGCUCCUGUAGCCAAACAUGUCAUAAUCACUGAUUUUGAAAAAGGCUCUCAGCUAUUAAUUUACACAUCAGAGCUGUCUGACACUGGCAUUUAUACUGUCAAUGUGAAGAAUAUGGUGGGCCAGGACACCUUCACUAUUGAAAUAAGAGUCACUGAUGAUCCCAAGCCUCCAGGUCCCGUAGAACUGGAACAGCAUGUCCAAGGCACUGUGACUUUGUCAUGGACUCCUUCUCCCGACGAGAAACGAGACAACCAUCUGCAUUACAUGGUGAUGAAACGGGACUCUGUCAAACAAACAUGGCGUACAGUGAUGGACCGCUUGUUCAACAACAAAUUCACAGUCAUUAACAUAUUGCCUGGAAGAGAGUACAAUUUCAGGGUGUUUGCCAAGAAUGAUAUAGGCCUCUCAGAGCCCUCAGUGUCUCCAGUUUGGGGAACCACCAAAAAAAGAGAAAAAUUCACAUAUAGCAUGCCUGUAUCAAAGACCCUCGACUUCCAGGCAGCCCCCAAAUUUAUUGUCCCUUUGAAACUUCGCGCUGCUCCGCCAGGUUAUGAGUGCUACAUGAGCUGUGCUAUGACGGGCAACCCAACCCCACAUAUUACCUGGUACCAUGAUAAUGUUAGCCUUAACACAAACCCCAACUACUACAUCACAAACGUGUGUGGUGUUUGUUCACUGCUCAUCCUGAGGGUUGGACCCAAAGACAUGGGAGAGUACAAGGUUGUAGCCGAAAGCCCUCUUGGUCGUGUUGAGUGCUCCACCAAACUUAUAGUCAAAGAGUAAAGAAAGGAUGACUUUAGACAACACCGUUUGUGAUCAUAUUUCUUGAAAGUGAC